CAGCUUUGCAGAACAACACUUCGGCAUCAUCGCGUCACUCCUGAGAAAACAAAUCCUCUCAAAGCAAAAGAGUCGAUGGGAUUUUAAUGUGAAGACUCAACAUGAAGACAGAUUUCUGUCGUUUCUAGUGUGACCUGUUCUCCGCCGAACCCGUUUCUUCGCACUGGAUGUUGAGAUGCGCACAAAGUGACAGGAGUCCUCGUAUCUUCUCGAGCUCUCACCCUUUGACAAAAACGCCAUGAAAGACGACUUUGCAGACGAGGAGGAAGUACAGUCUUUUGGAUACAAGAGGUUCGGCAUCCAGGAGGGCACGCAGUGCACAAAGUGUAAGAAUGAGUGGGCGUUGAAAACCUCCAUAGUCCUGCUCUAUGUGCUGUGUACGCUCCUCACCAUCGCUGUUGCUGUGCUUGGAUAUAAAGUUGUGCAACGAGUCGACAGUGUGUCUGAAGGUAUCGCCAACUAUGGAGGGAAGAUCACUGCUGUUGAAAGUGACUUGAAAAAGCUAGAUGAUCAAACAGGGGAGAAAUCUGAGAAUACCACCACAGAGAUCCAGACUUUUAAGAAUGACAUCUGGGCUCUUCAGAGGAAGCUGUCUGUGGUUGAAGAACGCAUCCGUAGUGAUCAAGUUCAGCUGAGCCAGCUGCAGAAUGUUGACUCAAGUAUCCAGAACAGUCAAGGGUCUAUUCAAGGACUGCUGGAAAGCAACACAGCCAGCUUAAACUUGCUAAAUGGCACCUUGCAGUCCUACAGCAGUAUUAUUGAGGGUCUACAGAAUGACACAGCCAGGUUGCAAAGGGAAAUCCAGCAGCAGGUUAAACUCCAGAACCAGGCUGGGGUCAGCUUAAGUCGCCUGAAUAUCACUCAGGUCCAGCAGACGAUCUUCAUUCCUGUUCUGCAGCGUGCAGUGGACAGCACCAUCCAGGCCAUCCAGAAAAUGCGCAAUGAUUUUCAAAGCCUUCAUCAGACAGCCCAGCAGACGCACACUGACACAGAGUGGCUAAGAAGUAAGGUGGACAACCUGCAGAUCGUGGUUAGUGAUGCGUCAGCUCAAGCAAAGGCCAACAAUGACAGUCUGUAUGAGGUUGGAUCACAGCUUGCUGUUAUGGCCAACCAGAUCCAGAACACCAGCAGUCUGUCAGAAGCUCACGACCAGACCCUGAGGGAGCUAAUGGACCAGCAGAGGGAUUUUGGUAACCUUACAUCCACGAGGUUCGACCGGCUAGAACUACGAUUGGAUGAGUCCGAGCAGAGUAUAGAUCGUGUGACAGGAAACAUCAGCUUCACCACACAACUUCUAGGAGCCAUCAACCUUAACCUGAAUGAGUUACGUACUUGUUCCGAGACCAUUGGCCGUCACUCGGACUUCUUGUUGAACCUCAACAGCAGCAUGUCAGAUGUGAGGACAGAUGCAUCCAGUCUGAAGUCUCAACAAGAGGAACUGGCAGCACGUUUGGACCAGGAGGUCACCAACCUCUCUAUUGUCAUGGAAGAGAUGAAGUUGGUGGACUCUAAACAUUCCCAACUCAUAACCAACUUCACCAUUUUACAGGGUCCCCCUGGUCCCAGGGGGCCAAGAGGGGACAAAGGACCUCAAGGACCACCAGGCCAGCAUGGUCAGAAGGGAGAGAAAGGGGACAAAGGUCUUCCAGGGAUGCAAGGAUACAGAGGAGAGCAAGGAAUUCCAGGACCUCCAGGUCUGCCAGGUUUAAAAGGUCAACCAGGCUCUCGUGGUGGCACUGGAGCCAAGGGAUCCCGAGGGUCAGGAGGCAGGGCAGGGCCUCCUGGGGCAAAAGGGGAUCCAGGAACUGCUGGUCUGCCUGGAAGAGAUGGACAGCCUGGUCCUCAGGGACCACAGGGUCCACCAGGUAAUCGAGGACCAAUGGGGGCAGCUGGUGAACAGGGACCAAGGGGACUGCCUGGACCAAUAGGACCUGCUGGACCACCGGGACCACCAGGAUUACCAGGAAUCCCUGUCCGAGCCUCAGCAAUUUCACUGGGCCCGUUGUCUCUGCAGGAUGAGGCAGUGGUUCCUACCUUGUGGGCCUCAGGUAUAGUAGCUUUUACAGGUUGCCAGCCAGAGUGGGUGAAUCACAGAGACAGAUGCUACUUUUUCUCCAAAGACUUCCAUAGUUUUGAUGAUGCAAAGGCAACUUGUAAAUCAUACUCUGCUUCACUGCUGAUCAUCAGUGACAGAGAGGAGCAGAAAUGGCUGAAGAAGGAGACCACUGGAAAAGGUUACUUCUGGAUGGGACUGACUGACAAAGACGAGGAGAGCGUUUGGCGUUGGGUUGAUGGGACUAAACCUGCUUUCACAAACUGGAAGCCUGGCCAGCCUGAUAACUGGGGCCAUGGGCAUCAAAUUGGAGAAGACUGUGCAGGGCUCAUCCAUGAAGGAUUAUGGAAUGAUUUCUUCUGUGAAGACCUCAUAAGUUACAUCUGUGAGAAGGAAACAGAAAGCUCAGAAUCCCCUGGAUUAUAGUGACAUCUCCAAGAUUAGGGUGCAGCGAGCAGCUAUAGACUUCACCCAUGUGGCACUGGUGCACUGACACGGCACAUGGACGGUCGGUACGGAGAGUGCAAAGAGACAAAAUGAGCCCGAACUGAGGGCCACAUCAGCAAUCGUGAGUCCGAUGCUGACUAGAUGCUGUUCUCCUCCAAAGUGAACCAAGUCCAAAACCACCAGAAGUGCAAUACAGCAGAGCAAUCAAAGGAUGAGCAGAGUCAGUGGGGUCUUCUUUAAAUUACCAAA